AUGAAGCCUCUACUUCCCGUGAUUACUUCACUAGCGGCCGGUGCCUUGUCAGCCGCACUCGCGGAGCCGGAGGCCCUGGCUACAGACCACGAAACGCAGCUCCCCCUAGUGAUCUGGCAUGGGCUGGGCGACGACUUCGAACGCGAGGGCUUGCAGGAGAUCGCUGCACUAGCUGCCAAGGUUAAUCCAGGCACGUAUGUGCAUCUGGUACGGCUGGCUGACACGGGGAACGACGAUCGACAAGCGACCUUCAUAGGAAAUGUGACGGAGCAACUCAACACAGUGUGUGAGCAACUAGGAGCAGAUCCGAUCCUGGGGAGUGUACCGGCGGUAAAUGCGCUGGGCUUCUCGCAGGGCGGCCAGUUUCUUCGCGGUUACGUGGAGCGGUGCAAUGCGCCCCGAGUGCACAAUCUGGUCACGUUCGGCAGCCAGCACAACGGGAUAUCGGAGUUUCAGUCGUGUUCGACAGGCGACUGGGUGUGUCAGGGCGCCGAGGCGCUGCUCCAUGCAGGCCGGUGGACUGAAUUUGUGCAGAGCCGUCUCGUGCCUGCGCAGUAUUUUCGUGACCCAGCCGAGCUGGACGCGUAUCUCGAGCAUAGCAAUUAUCUGGCCGACAUUAACAACGAGCGCGCGCACAAGAAUACCAUGUAUGCGGCGAAUGUGGCAACGCUGAACCGUUUCGCCAUGUUCAUGUUCGAGAAUGAUACCAUUGCCGUUCCCAAGGAGAGCGCCUGGUUCGCCGAGGUCAACUCCACCGAUGGAACGGUGACUCCCCUACACGAGAGACCGAUUUAUAAGGAAGACUGGCUAGGUCUGAAGCAGCUCGGGGAUCAGGACAAGCUUGAUUUUCGCACGGUGCCCGGCCAACACAUGCAUCUGUCCGAGAAGGUGAUGAAGGAGACCUUCAAGGAGUACUUUGGUCCCACUGGUCCUUCACAGUCGUCGCCUCCACGUCUGAUCGAACAGCCAGGGUCUCAAUAA